AUGGAGCUGAACUAUACUGUCGAUAUGACGGUCAUUGUUUUGAUCAUUUUCGUAUCUACAGUUGCCUUUACCUUGGCUCUACGGAUAACUAAUGACCGAGAGCCACCUUAUCUUAAGGAACAUAUUCCCUUCAUCUCGAAUUCCUAUGAGUACCUGACUGAUAUGAGUGGAUUUAUGGAAAGAGCUAUAGAAGCCUUGAGUGAGAGUAGCAUAAUCAGGUUCAUGCUAGGAAUGAAUAAAGUCUACUGGGUAAUUGGCCCGAAGAAUACUCAAGUUUUAUUUGGACCACCUCAUAUUGUCGACCCAAACAUGUUACAUCUGCGUCUUAUGAGCGCCCACUGGGGCAUGUCAACAGAAGAAAUAAAGAUGUUUGCAGAUGAUAGAUCAGGAAAGAAGAAAUUCCCUCUGCCAGGGACGGAGCAUACUCCUUUACGACGGCGUCAUUGGUAUAAUCACCACACCCUGUACACCCGAUAUCUUAGCAAUCCCAGAUACACAGAGGUUCUAGCUAACACUUUCUACCAUUUCUUUCUACGACGUCUCGAUAACCAGUCCAACAUUGAGUGGACGUCCAUCCAGCUUUUUCAAUUCCUCAAAAAUGACAUGUUUGAGAGCGCCAUUGAAUCCUUGUUCGGUUCUCAGAUACUCCAUCUAAACCCAGACCUUAUCAAGUGCUAUUGGGAAUUCGAUGAAGUCGCAGGUGUGCUAGUAUGGGGCCUGCCGAGAUUUAUGAGUCGCAGACCUUAUAAGGUCCGGGAACGGCUACAUCGUAUGGCAUUAAGGCACUUAGAAUCCUCCUGGGAGAAUUUUGACUGGAACGGUCCGGAGCGCGAGUCGGACUGGGAACCCCAUUUUGGAUCACGCUUCUCCCGUGAAACUGCCAAAUGGUUUAAAGAGGCAGGCUUUUCUAACCGAACAGCAAGCGGGCACACUACGGCUACAAUGUUUGGACUAAACGGAAAUACACUACCUCUUACGGCAUGGGCAUUGAUGGAAAUAAUCCAGGACCCAAAAUUAUUUCGAGAAACACGGAAUGAAGUAUCACAAUCGUUCGUUAUAGACGAGGAAACUAACAAACUCCAUAUAGACAUUAGGAAACUGCUGUCAUUGCCUCUGUUAUCGUCCAUAUACAUUGAAGUGCUCCGGAUGCAUGUUUCAUUCAACGCCACGCGCAUGGCUCAGCAAGACAUUCACAUGGGCGGAUAUCACAUUAGUAAAGGGUCUAUCAUACAGUCACCAAGUCAGAUUGCACACUAUGAUGAAGACUCAUGGGGUGUAGAUGGACAUCCUGCCUCCCAAUUUUGGGCCUCACGACAUUUGAAUUAUACAGAGAAAGUAGAUAAGGCAGGGACGAUCAAACAGGAGCCUUAUUUCUCAAUAAAGGCUCGUCCGACAUCCUUCUUUCCCUAUGGGGGAGGGCACGCUAUGUGCCCAGGGCGCCACUUUGCGAAGCGCGAGAUCAUGAUGGCCAUAGCUAUGAUCCUUACCAAGUUUGAUAUUGAAUUUGUUGAAUGGUCCGAAUUUAAUGGAUCAACGUCACAUAGAUCUGCUCGAAACGAUACGAGAUACGCUGGAACGGCGGCUAUGCCUCCUGAUCGAGAUAUGAAGAUCCGCUGGAAACGGCUAUGGUAA